AUGGUGGCGCCGAGCGUCUGCCCCAAGGGCUACCGCCUGCCCCCCGGGAUCGCGCUGGUGCUGGGCGUGCUGAUCGGCCUCAGCCUGCUGCCGGUGCUCAAGUCGCUCUUUGGCGCCCAGCUCUUCAGCUGCACCUGCGUCUCGCUGUGCCCCAACAGCCCCCGCAACCUGACAGCCGCGGCGCAGAGCGCGGCUGGCGGCGAGGCCGGCCCCUUCUCCUCCUUCAUCUACCCCACCUGGCCCUCCACCGAGCUCAGCCCCGCGGACUUCAUCCCUCCAGCCCCCAAGUCCAAGAAGCGGGCUGUGGAUGAGGAGGUGCUGUGGGGGUAUGUGCCGGCGCUGGACCCGCGCGGCCUCCAGCGCGGCCUGCUGCACCACGGCGACCCCGCACGCCUGCGCCGCGCCCUGCACAAGCUGAUGAGCGGCCAGAAGACGGUGGUGGCGGCGGUGGGGGGCAGCAUCAGCGUGGGGCGCGGCUCGGCCACACAGGGCACUGACAUCGACACCGCCUGGCCCUCCUACCUGGACCAGUUCCACGCCUGGCUGCGGGCCGCCUUCCCCGCCUCCAAACCCGAGCUGGUGAACAAGGCGCAGAGCGGCAGCACCAGCAACAUCUUUGAUGCCUGCGCCGAGGUCAUGGUGCCUGAGGAUGCCGACAUCGUGGUGGUGGAGUUUGCCAUGAACGACGGCACGCAGGUGGACUGCGCGCGCGACGGCUCCGGCACCGUCCCCGCCCGUGGCUCCUUUGAGCGCCUGCUGCGCAAGCUGCAGGCGCUGCCCAACCGCCCCGCGGUGGUGGUGCUCAACGCAUACAGCUUCAUCCGCGGCUCGGUGGGAUCCUACCUCAAGAAUGCGGAGAACGAGAUGUCCAUCAUCGCCGCCUACUACGGCCUGCCCACGCUGUCCAUGCGCGCUGCCGUGUUCCACCAGAUGCUGCGCAACCAGUAUGGGUACCGGGUGGACCGCGUGCGGACCGAAAACCUGGAGAGCAGCAAGCCCAACGAGCUCUUCCUCUUCGACAUCUCCCAUCCUUACGGCCCCACCGGCCACAGGUACAUGGCCGAGCUGCUCAUCGGGCUGGCGCAGCUAACCGCGGGGUCGCUGCAGGCGCGGCCGCUGCAGGAGGCGGAGCACGAGGUGGCGCAGGAGGUGCUGCCGCCGCCCAUCAUCCCAGGCAACUACGACAAGAAGGCGGCCUCCUGCCUGAUGAGCCGCAACUUUGAGGAUGUGGUGGUGGAGAAGAAGGGGUUCAAGUGGGUGAACGAGCGGCCCGACGCCAAGAGUGAGAACGACGAGAAGUGGGGUUGGAUCGGCGGCAAGCCGGGCGACUUUGUCGUGCUGGGGGUGGACUCGCGCAGCAGCGGCGACGGCGCGGGGGAGGGCGCGAGCGUAGCGGACGUGCUGCUGCCGGUGCUCAACCAGCGGGCCCAUGUGAUCCUGGAUUCGUACAACCACCUGCGCGGCCCCGUCACCACGCCGCUCAACACUAGCGCCGUCAUGAGAGGCAUCCCCGAUGCUGAGGCGGCAAGCGAGGAGGAGGAGGAGGAGAAGCAGCAGGGGGCCAUGAGCCAGGGCAUGGGCAAGGCGGAAGUGGAGUGCAUCAGCGGGUGCGAGUGCGAGACGACGGUGCUGGAUGGGUGGUGGGAGCGGCAUGCGUCGCUGCAGGUCAUGCACACCGUCAUGGUGACGGAGCACCCCAAGUGCCGCAUCAAGCUGACGGUGCUGGAUGAGAGCAGCGGCAAGGGCAAGGCGGCGGGGCACAAGGUCAAGCUGACGGCGGCGCUGGUGCUGGCGGGCACCUCCACCGAGGGCCUCAGCAAGCCCGGCAGGCUGUCGGCCAUUGCACGGCGGCGGUGA